CCAACUUCCCCCAAAAACCAUUCCCCCAUUAUAACCCAAAGAGAUAUAAAAUCAAUUAUGCCGCAUAACUUAUCCACGUACAAGUCGAUUAAGAUACGGUAAGGAAAAAGGAUUAGAGUAUUGUGAAAAAGAUGUCCGGACCGGGGAAGCGGAAGAAGGGAGUAUCAACAACCAUAGAUGAACAAAAUCAAAAACGCAUCUCAACGGGUAAACGCGUACAACUCCCACCAGCAUCAACUACCCGUGGAUUUAAUUUGAGAGAUGAAGAAAUAAGCAUAGAUCUACAAUCAACACCAAGAAGAAGCAAUAGAAAUCUUGGAGACAAGCGUCCACUUGCAUUAGCAACUACACCUUGUACCAAUGGUGCCCAACCAACAGUAGAAUCAAUUGGAAAUACUGAAGAUGAUCAAAACUAUGAUGAGAAUGUCAUGUAUGAUCAAUUUCAUAAUGACACUCAACAAGUUUCGAAAGGUCAAACUUCUAAAGGUUAGUGUCUAACUUAAAAAUCUGGUGCUAUGAGUAUUACUUGAAAAGGUUGAUGACUAUUAUUUUCGAUUUUAUAUACAAGGUACUUAGCGUUAGUUUUGUCUGUGUGAGUGGGGUUUGCUUGCACGUGAGUGUUUGUGCCAAAUUUGCCAAAUUUUCUUUCCCUGUUGAAGUCCCCCCAUGCAACCAGUAAGGAAAUUAUAAUGGUUAUAAAAUGACAGCUAUGGCUUGUAUAAUUUAAUCUUUUUUAAUCAAUAGUACAGUGUGAUUUUUUUUCUUGUUCUGAUGUAAACAAAAUAUAAGGCGUUUCAGCUAAGAGAGGUCCUACGAGAAACCUUCGGCUGGCUAACAUGAAGGAUGCGGACAAGUUGUCUUUGGUUUAUUUUGAUGAAGAAGCAAAAUGUAUAAUUGGCCCAGGUGCCCAAGAUUUCAUCAAUGAAUUGGGUUGUUGUGUGCGCAAAAUGGCGAACUUCACGAAAAGCAAUUUUCAGACCCAGGAUGAGAUAUUGAAAAAUGAAAUCAUUAAGAAUGCCUCGAUAUUCUUUACAUUUUUUCACAUACAUUCAUUUAUAUUUUUUUUAAUCUCGUUGUUGAAAUUAAUUGGCAUCUUUCAUUAUAUAGGUAAGGUUCCAGUUUGAGGAUGACCCAUUAGCAAAAGAAUGCAUUCACAAGCAAUUGAUCAAAAUGUUUAAGACUCAUAAGUACCAUUUGCAUAAAGUUUUCAAAGAACAUGGAUCAAAGGUAGAAGCGUUGCUGCAUGUUCUUGAUGGAGUUGAUGUGCACGAUUGAGUUAAAAUAUGUGAUGUUUUUUACUCUAAUAACUUCAAGAAAUUAUGUACAAGAAAUGCUGCGAAUCGCUCACAUCUUACAACUACAAAUACAAAUGGAACCAAAUCUGUUGCAAGGAAAUUGGAAGAAAUAAGGAAAAAUGAGAAAAGGCAUGUUGACUGUAUUGAUGCUUAUGCGCAAGCCAAUUACUCUGAAAAAAAAGUGCUAUGAAUAGUGAGGAAUCAGCACAAACACUGGAAACAUUGAAAAACUUGCGCAAAACUACUAACUUGCCCUCAUCUCAACUCUGUCUACAAGUGAUCAAAAGUAUACCGUGUAAUACACGUGGACGAUCCAUACCCAAGAAACAAGUUGUAGCUUUGGAGAAAAGUCGUAUGGAGACUGAGAAAGAGAAGGAAAGAGCUGAUGAAGCUGAGAGAGAAAAGGAGCAGCUGGCUGAAAAAUUUGCAGCUACUACAGAAGAAUAUAAGAAAUUAGAAGAUCGGCAAAGGGUAAAUGAGGACAGAUAUGAAGCACUAAAAAGUCAAGUUGAUAAACUUAUGCUCUUACAAAAUCCAUCUCAAAAUAAGUGAAUCAAACGCAAACGAUAAGAAGAUUUGGCUGGGGACGGACUUCGAUCAUCAGCUAUUUCAGGAGUAUUCUGCUUUGGUUGGGCAAAGGCUUCAUUUGAUAUGUUCUUCUUUUUAGUUAAUUGUUUCAAAUUUGAUGCACGUUAUGAGACAUUCCAUAUUUUCAUAUUAUUUUAGUUAUGGUUAUACUGUUGCCUAAAUUUUCCUGAUGUAAGGGAAUUGAUCUAUAAACAUUUGGUUAUGCUUGUUUCAAUUUUAUGACAG